ACUAGGACGCUCCCGACGCGAGCACAGUCAUUCGAAUCCAGUAUUAGUGCGGUGUAGAGUGCUCGGUGUUUUAUAAUCCACUUACUCCUCUGUCUUUCUCUUCGAUUCUAUCUGUUUCUUUCUUUUUCUUGCGCGACUACGAUCGAUUAGUGUGUAAAAAUGCCUUUCAAGCCCGUGGAACAUCCAAAAUGCCCUAAAUGUGGCAAAUCUGUUUACGCUGCAGAAGAGCGAGUUGCCGGUGGACUGAAAUGGCACAAAACGUGCUUCAAGUGCGGUCUUUGCGGCAAACCGCUCGACUCGACAAACUGCGCCGAGCACGAGGGUGAGCUGUUUUGCAAAGUCUGUCACGGCCGUAAGUUCGGCCCUAAGGGCUACGGCUUCGGUGGCGGAGCUGGUUGCCUGUCCAUGGACAAAGGCGAGCAUCUUCAAGCGAAGGACGAGAGUGAAUUAUUGCGAGGUUCGAACGCUAUUCUCGAGCCGAGGGUUAUAGCCAAGGCACCUGAAGGACAGGGAUGUCCUCGCUGCGGAGGGUACGUUUAUGCCGCCGAGCAGAUGUUGGCCCGAGGAAGGGCUUACCAUAAACUGUGCUUCAAAUGCAAAAUGUGUCGCCGCACUCUGGACUCGACGCUUCAUUGCGAUGGUCCCGACCGCGAGAUAUAUUGUCGAGCUUGCUAUCCGAAGAAAUUCGGUCCGCGGGGUGUCGGCCAUGCCGGGAUUAUGUGGAUCGGGCUGCAGAGCGAUAUUGAGGAUGAGGGCGAUGCGGCUCCUCGCACCACCGUAAUCGACACCGCGAUAAUCAAGGCUCCGCCUGGCAAAGGCUGCCCCCGUUGCGGUGGUGUCGUCUUUGCCGCCGAGCAGGUUCUCGCCAAGGGCCGCGAAUGGCACCGGAAGUGCUACAAGUGUCGCGACUGCACCAAAACUCUGGACUCGAUCAUCGCUUGCGACGGCCCCGACCGGGAUGUUUACUGCAAGACCUGUUAUGGAAAGAAAUGGGGACCGCACGGAUACGGAUUUGCAUGUGGCUCGGGAUUUCUCCAGACCGACGGACUCACGGAGGAAGAAAUUUCGGCCAGUCGACCUUACUACAAUCCUGAUACGACCUCGAUUAAGGCGCCAGCUGGACAGGGUUGCCCUCGUUGCGGUGGCAUGGUAUUUGCCGCUGAACAACAGCUCGCCAAGGGCACCAUGUGGCACAAGAAGUGCUUCAAUUGCGCCGAGUGUCACCGACCCUUGGACUCCAUGCUGGCAUGCGAUGGCCCCGACAAGGAAAUCCAUUGUCGCGCGUGUUAUGGAAAGCUCUUCGGGCCCAAAGGUUUUGGGUUCGGUCACAAACCAACUCUCGUCUCGACGAACGGAGAUCAUGCUCCCUCAUACAUCGAUGCUAAACCCCAAGUCGGCCAGAAGAGAAACGAUGGACACGGUUGCUCACGCUGCGGCUACCCGGUGUACGCCGCCGAGCAGAUGAUCUCGAAGGAUCGCGUAUGGCAUAAGCGGUGCUUUAGCUGCGGCGAGUGUAACCGUUCCCUGGAUUCGACGAACUUGAAUGACGGCCCGGACGGGGACAUCUACUGUCGCGGUUGCUACGGCCGACAUUUUGGGCCCAAAGGUGUGGGCUUCGGAAUGGGCGCGGGCACCCUCACGAUGGCCUAAUCGACAAGCCCUACCCUCUCUCAUCUUACACGCCGCUCGAGGAAAACCCUCGAUCCAAUCUUAUAUAUUAAUGUAAAUACAUCUACAUAUAGAGGCGUCUGACUGUGUAUUCGACGACAGACGAACGCGCUGCUUCGGAAUUUUCGAUUUCUCCUUUCCUAACUUACGACGAUUCGAUAAUGUCGAUGACUACAUUUUCAUUAUCGCGAACAGCGCCGUAGUGAAGUUUAAUGGUGUCUGACUCCAUGAUCGACGAGGAUCUACCGCGCACUGUGGCUGAGCCACUGCAGGCUGUUGAUAAUGUUGCGAUAUGAAAUCGCGCAUCGAUCGUAUUACAAAUAAAUAUAUUAUUUAAUAAAUAAAUAUGUUUAUUCGUAAUACGAUACAAUUGUCCUUUUAAUAAUGGCACAAUCAUUUUUACUAUAUAAAACUUUGAUAUUGAAGAGAUCAGGAAAUGUUUUCAGCAAAUAUAAAAAGAAAAGAUACAUAAUUUUUAAUAUCAGUUAAAAGGCUUACUUAAUAGAAAGAUACAUUUACUUUUUAAAAUUGUCAAAAAUUUUCUUUGUUUUUAAAUUGCACAAUCAGAUUGAGGAAAAUCGACUUUUGCUAUUAUUAAAAUAAAGCUUUAUCUAAUCGCAAGUUAUCGACAAUAUGUGGAUUUAUUCUUGCAGUCAAUUAGUCCCAUUCAAACUCAAUCGUUACGAUAGUCUGCACUGGUUGCGAUGAAGAUUUUAAGAGGUUCAUAAACGAUGUUGCACGAGUUCAAACUAAAGUGCUGGUUUCAAUUGUUAGAUAUUCGAUUGUAAUUCUACUGUUUCAUGUGAUUUUCAUAGCAGCCUGAGCAAUUAUUGACGAUACUACGCGCAAACGAUUAAUCUCAUGACGAGCAAUUACGAACGCACGAAACUUUGUUAUUUUCUUUCUUUUUUUUUUUUAUUUAUCCUCAGGAAAUAGGAGAUUACGACUCGACAAUCGAUCCGUGAGAUGUCAGACUUGAGAGUUGUGAAGAUACUGGUACAAGUUAAAUAUCUCUGAACAUAUAACUGUUUUGAUUCAAUUUAUUAUUUAAAAUUUUUUGUUCUUUUUUUUUUAAUUGAAAAUUAGAUUUUUUCUGGAUAAUUUUAGGUCUCCAUUUCUAUUCAUUUUAGUACUCAAUCAAAAUUUUAAUUUCAGAGUAAAUGUUAAUUUUAUAACUUAAGAUAUUGUUUUUCUUUCUUAUUACCUCGAUCCGAGACUUGUUAAAAUAUUGACUUUUAUAUCCAAGAUUUAUUGAAAUAAAUAGAAGUUAGGAGACUACGUAUUUUAUAUUUACAAGAAGCUUAAGAGACAGAGAUAUUUUUAAUAAAUAAUAAUAUAUUUCGAUCCGCUAAUGACGAAAAUUGCCAGACUGUUUUAUAUCGCUGAUUUGCUCACUGUUUAGCAUAUUUGAUCGUUAACAUUGCUCAAGAUUAAGCACAUUGGACAAUGCUUUCUUCUCUUUUUUAUUGGAAACUGCGAAACAGAAUGCAUCAUGGAAAUUAAAGAUGCAGAGCUUUUUAACUGUUUCGCAUAACAGAUUGAAAUUAUAUAGUAAUGACUACAAAAACCACGAACAAAUAUUUUUAAACGGAUUUUUACCUUUAGAUUAAAGAUUUUAAUAUUUACAGCGUAAUAAUUAAACAAAUCGAUUGUAGCGGAUAUUCGUGGAUGACAUAAACGGAUGAUUAUGAAUAAAAUUUAUAUAACCGGGCUACGACCAGCAGCAACGAUGUAACCGACGACUAAGACGAGAAACUAAUUUAAUUAUAAUUUUCAAUAAAUGUGUACUUGAAA